AUGAAGGUCUCUGCAGCACUUCUGUGUCUGCUGCUCACAGCAGCCAUCUUCAGCACCCAGGUGCUGGCUCAGCCAGAUUCAGCUUCUGUCCCAACUGUCUGCUGCUUUAAUAUGGCCAGAAGGAAGAUCUCCAUUCAGCGACUGCAGAGCUACAGAAGAAUCACCAACAGCAAAUGUCCCCAGAAAGCUGUGAUCUUCAGCACCAAGCAGGACAAGAAGAUCUGUGUUGAUCCGCAGGAGAAAUGGGUCCAGGAUGCCAUGAAGUACCUGGACCAAAAAGCCCAAACUUUAAAGCCAUAA